AUGUUUCUCAAUCGCUUGGUUUUAAUAAUCUACUUAUUUUUUGAAUAUGCUGAAAGCCAAGAAGUUUAUGGUUCAAGAAUUGUCACAACCAGUAGGGGUCCAGUUGGUCCCCUGAAGUUUACAAUGCUUGAUGUUCCAAGAGGUCAAGUUCACUAUCAGUCAGGAUCGUCGUAUCGCUUUGAAAUAGAUUCAAACAAUAAUUGCCAUACUCAUGGCACAAAAAUUGGAAGCCCAUGCGUUUUCGAUAAAGGAUCAAGCGAAGUUAAGCUUUCUUUUGACAACGUUUUCCAAUACAAAUAUAUCGAAGUAACAGAUGUCAACUACGAUUAUACAGUGUACUUCGCUGAUGACUGCCUAUUUCUCACUCCAAAACCCGCUCAUCUCACAUCCGACAGCGUCUCUCUCAUAUCAAGUGUGACAAUUAAAUUGGACAAGGGAGUGGGCGGCUUCGUGACGUACAAAUGGGGCACAGCUGACAGUUCUGUUGCUUUGACUCUGGAUUGGGAGAAUUCAGGCACGCCUCCAGAAAUCUACGAAUGCCAAGGUAAGAAUUCCUAA